AUGCCCUACCACAGAGCCCUUCGCCUGGUCGUGCUAACGCUGUGCGGCAUCCUGGUCCCUGCUGUGCUGACAGGGCUCCCGGCCGGAGAGCCAAGCGUGGUGGAGCCCGUUAGUGUCCAUUCUUCUGCUCGCUCUCCUCCCACAUGGUGCUGGCUGCCCGUGGGAGGCGAGGAGGGCUCCAGCUUCCCGCCGUACACCUCCGAGCUGGAGCCUGAGGACACCACCCACCUGCACCGGCUGGAUGCCGGGGACGGCUCGCUGGGGCCCGGAGCUAUCGGUGCCAUUGUCAUCGCCUCCCUCCUGGGUACAUCUGUGCUUGUGGCCUUGGUUGUCAUCACGCUGAGGAAGUUCUCUGCCUCCUGA